AUGCGAGGAGGUGGUCGAGGCGGAUCCGGUCGCGGCGGUCGUGGCUUUGGUGGCCGGAACGCCAACGCACGCCGCCCAAUGCUGCCUCAGGCAUUUCGCGAUCAUCAGCCAACAGCAGAUAAAUCCAGCGGCGAUGCAUUGCAGCAGCAGAAUCGCGACGACAACGACGGCGGUAGUGGUGCUGCCUCAGCUCCCGUCAACAACCUGCUGAGCGGAAUUGACGACGCGCUGGCCGAGCGGGACGAGCGGGACAGCGCCCGUCGCUUCGUGUCAGCCACGCCGUAUCUCUCGUCCAAGCGCAUCCAGGCAACGUCGCGCAAAGCACAGCGCGCACAGAAAAAGCUCGACAAGCGGCAGCGCGUCCAGAUGCACCACGCGGCGCGACAGCAGCAGGGCAAGUCCGCCGCCGCAGCAGACACCGACCCAGAGCCCAGUGUGCAGCGUAACAAGCGUGCUGCUGGCAAUGUUAGUGCCGCGACGAAGAGCAGCGUGGUGGGCAAGCCGGCCGGCGCGCUGAGGAACGGCCAGUCAGCCGCCAAUGCGAAGCAUGUGGCCUUCCGCCGAAACGCCGAAGAUGAUGACGACGAUCAUGAUGGUGAUGAUGAUGACAACGACGACGAUGAUGAUGACGACGAGAUGCAUGCACGGUGGGCUGCGCGAGGAAACAAGCGGCGGCGAGGGAAGGCGCAAGACUCUGAGGGCUCGGAUUCUGAGACCGACGACGAUCGCUCAGUCAAGCGCACGCGCAUGCUGCAGGCUGAAAAUGGGCAGCAAGACAAGCAGCCCCGUGCUGGCAAAUCCAAGUUCUUUGACAUGCUGCGCGACGAUGGCGUCGACGUGGACGGAUCCGGAGCUGGUGCUGGAAGUGGCCUUUCGAGGUUUGCCGGUUCGAUUGAAGACGACGAGCGUGAGAUUGCCAGCCUGGAAAAGAAACUCGGCAUGAAGAAGAGCGCCAAGUCCAAGAGCUCUGCUGCCGGUGCGGACGACGCAAGAUUGCCGGAAUCCUUCAAGCGCGAUGGCUUGGACUAUGUGCUCGAUGGUGUGGACGACGACGACGAUGAUGACGAUUUCUCAGACCGCGAGCGAGCCAUGAACGACAAUGUGGACGCCAUGGAUGUGGAUAGUGCCGACGAAGCUCCCGAGGAGGAAAGCAUGGUGUCGUCCAAGACAUUGCGCCGCGAACGCGAGCAGCAGCAAGAAAAGCAACGACAACGGCAACAGCCGCAACCGCGCAACAGUGCUUCGAUGCCAUCCGUCCAACACAAAUCUUCGGCAGACAGUGCACCGAACACACGCCGUGCCCUAGCAUCUGGCUCGUCCAAAUUGCAGUUCAAUCCGAUCGAACACGAUGACGAUGACGAUGGUGAGGUCGACGAUGACGAUGGUGAGGUCGACGAGGACGAUGACGAUGAAGAUGAUCUGGGCGACGAUGAAGAACUUGGCGAUGAGGAUCUUGACAUGGAUGAAGACGACGACGACGACGACGACGACGACGACCAAGAUCUUUCUGGAGACGACGAGCUCGAAAUGGCGCUUGGCUUGGCAAGCGAUGAUGAUGCGCGCUUUGACGACGACGAGGAUGAGGAUGAUGACGAUGAGGACGACGACGACGACGACGACGACGACGACGACGACGACGACGACCGCUCAAAACCGAAAACACCCACACCCGCCGAAACCCCAGCCGCCUCAGGUGCGCCCGGCAAGUACGUCCCUCCGGCUCUUCGAAAUCGAACGGCAGUAGUCGCCGCCUCCGCAGGUCCAUCGGCAUCUGGCUCGACGCUCGCUCCACCCGUCAACGAGGCCUUGAAGCGCCAAAUCAACGGUCUGAUCAAUCGUGUAUCUGCCGCCAAUCUGGCCGUCCUGACUCAGGAACUCGAGAAUGUGUGUCUCAAGAACAGUCGCAAUGAAUUCUCAUCCAUCUUGGCCCAGUUGCUGGUUGAAGCGUGCGUCAACUCGUCCCGUCUGCUCGCGCAUUCCCUCAUGGUCUACGCCGGUUUGGUGGCUGCCCUGCACUCUGUCAUUGGUCCCGAGGUGUCUGCUCAGCUGCUUCAGCUGUUGGUGCAGCAAUUCAACCACUUUUACGAGCAAGGACGCGACGAGGGCAAGCAGACGACCAACAUUGUCCUGCUCUUGGCUUACCUGUACAACUUUUCAGUGGUGCACUGCCGACUCGUGUACGAUCUUGUGCGCAAGUUUGUGGCCUCGCUUUCCGAGCUGGAUGUCGAACUCCUUCUCGUCAUGUUGCAAGCGGUGGGCCAGCAGCUUCGCACUGACGACCCUGCCGCGCUCAAGGACAUUAUUGUCGACAUUCAAACCUCUGCCAAUCGCGUGCUCACGACACCGGCCGGCCAGAAUGCAGCGGCAACAGCUCGUCUGCGGGUCAUGCUGGAUUUGAUCUACGACCUGAAGAACAACAAGCUGUCCAAGCUCAGCGGAGGCCGGACUGCUGCCGCCGCGGCCAACGUUGAAGGCAAUACCAUGUCGAUGGGCACGGCUGCGGCUGCCGCGCAGAUGGCGUCGUCCGAUGCACUCAAGCGGGGCGUGAAAGACCUGCUCUCCAAGCGCGGCAAGUCCUCGGAGACCGAGCUGAACGUGUCGCUGGCCGAUCUUUCCAGUGCCGGCUCGCGCGGUCGAUGGUGGAUUGUUGGUGCAGCGUGGGCUGGACGAGGCGGCGCCAACCCCGAGAGCCAGCCCGUUGCACAACCCACGACCGCCAACACCCCGCGUUUGAACGCCAAAUUGCAGGAGCUUGCCCGUGUCUUGCACAUGAACACCGAUAUCCGUCGCAACGUCUUCACCGUGCUCAUGACCGCAGAGGAUUAUGCCGAUGCCUUUGAAAAGUUGAACAAGCUUGGUCUCAAGGACAAGCAAGAGCGUGAAAUUGUCAAAGUUAUUGUCGAGUGCUGUCUUCAGGAAAACACCUACAACCCAUACUAUGGUCAUCUUUCCGCACUGUUUUGCAGCAACAAUUACAACUUCAAGUUCACCUUCCAAUACACACUGUGGGAUCGACUCAAGACUCUUGGCGAAAUGAACAUGCGUCAACUUGCACAUUUGGCGCGGCUGUUUGCCUUCUUGAUCAACUCGUACUCGCUGUCGCUUGCAGUCCUGAAGGUGGUCAACUUUAGUGAAUUGGACGCGCGCUCCAUCAUGUUUUUCCGUCUGUUCUUUGUGGACUUGUUCACCAAGUCGCCAGCGGACGAUGAGACUGUGCGGGGCGUGUGCAUGCGUCUCAACAAGAUCAGCGAGCUGCAGGGCUUGAAGGACGGCAUCAGCCUCUUUUUGCAGCAUUUCAUGAAGAACAUUGACUUGCUCGGGCUGACCGAAGCAGCUGCGCGUCAAGUCAAAGUUCGGUCUACGAUGGUUCGACAGAGUUUGCGUCAGGAGCAUGUCUUUUGA